UUGUCAUGAAAAAAUGGUUUACGCCAGAGAACCUGUUGUUUAUUACAUCGCUCCAACAUUGUUGUUAUUGUGCAGAACUCCUAUACAGUAGGUGGCGGUGUCCAACUUUCAACUCUACCAUCCAGCAUAUGGAAACAUAAUCUCACCAGCUAAAAACAAAGAUAGCCAGCGAUGUGUAGUUUCUGAUAUGAUUCUCUUUAUUUUAAUAGCUAGCUAGAUAACUGUAAAUGAUCAUAACAUAGAAAACAUAAACACUGUUUCGUUGAAAAGGGGCCAAAAGCGUCGGGGGACAAUGUCGAAUUCCGUGGUCGAGUUCCAGGGCCAGAUAGCCUCAAUCAUGGAGGUGCUAGCCAAUGCAGCUGUAGCCGAAAUCUGCAAAAUUGUUGACGAUGGCUAUGCAGUUGUACAUCUGAAGAUGUCCCAAAGCCAAAAGGAGAACGAUUUUCUCCUGAGGAAAAUGAAACUGAUGGAACUUCAGAUCGCGAGGUUUCGAGCAGAGAGAACAAAGUUUUCAGAGGGGUCCGUCCACAACCGCUUCCAUGGAAUACGCCUGCUAAACAGGCACAACAAUCGAGAGAAGGCAAUGACAGGACCUACUUGGCAAAGCAGAAACAGACUUUCCAACAGGAGUUUUGGGAACAGCAGCAUACCAAGAGACAGACAGCCCAUAGACGUGGACCAAGAGGAUGUCUCUCCAUCAAAGCAUAUGGAUGCUACAAGUGAUGAGCAGUCAGCAGAGACAGAGGAAGGGGAACCAGACCUGCUCAUCAUCAAGGAUGAGGGGGAAGCAGAUGACCAGGACUCUAGGAUCAGCCACCCAGUUAGAACAGUGGAGGGCAGCAGAGAGCUAACCACCCAACUGGCUGCAGCCACCACCGAUGACUGCGCCUUCCAGCCCAGAGGCAACAACUACAACAACAACUACAUCAACACCGCUAUGGAGCAGUCAGCAGAGACAGAGGAAGGGGAACCAGACCUGCUCAUCAUCAAGGUGGAGGGAGAAGCAGAUGACCAGGACUCUAGGUCCAGCCACCCAGCCAGAACAGUGGAGGGCAGCAGAGAGCUAACCACCCAACCAGCUGCAGCCACCACAGAGGACCCUGCCAUUCAGUCCAGUGCCCACAGAGGCAACAACAACUACAUCAACACCGCUAUGGAGGUCAGUGGAUCUGACGUCGUCUUCCAAUCAGAAACAGGGAAUGUUAACCAGGGAUCACAACAGUACACAGGAUUUGAACCCAGAGCAGAGAGACAGAGUCUGGACACAAAGUGUGAUAUGAACGGGGACCUCAAUCUCCUAAGAGAUUCUUUAAACCAGGUGUGGAGAGAGGCAGUAGCGACUAACGAUGGCACUUCUGCUGCUCACACUAAAUUACUGGACCUAGGGAGUGGCCCAGAAACACAGACUAGCUCAGACAUAGAAAUGAGAAGUGUAGGGUUAGAAAACCACAGGUUUUCCCCCAAGUCGUUCCAUUCCUCAUCAGAACAUGUGAUAGUGAUUGACUCUGUAUCCAGUGGGCAGCAGGUAGGUAGAGAUUUAGAGUGGGGUCAGGUGGGUACAGCUACUACACCACAGAUCAAUGGGACUGGAAAUUGGCAGGGAGUGGGAGUGUUUGAGGGGAAUGCACCAACGAUUCGCCCCGUACACCCCGAAUUGAUGAGAGACAACACAACGCAAUUGGUUUCACCCAGCUUCCGGCACACAGAGAUAAAUACAGGCACGCAUUUUGGCACAGGAAAUGCCGGUGAGGCCAACAAAUUUAGUUGGCACUCGUUGGCAAGCCUCCAUAGACACUCUGAAAUACCAGGAAGAGGAACUCAAGAACCAGCUCAUUCCUCACUUCCCGUCGGCCAUUUUAGACCAAGUGCAACAACUUCCUCUCACUUGAGUAUUCUCGCCACAGAUGUUACACCUGGCACCGUAGAACAACCGUACGGUUGCCCAAGCUGCCAUAAGACGUUUCUCCACGAGAGUGACUUGCAGCAGCACGUCGUCGUCCACACCAGAAAGCGGGGAUACGCCUGCACCUUGUGUGAGAAGAGCUUUGUGUCCCCCAGCAAGCUCCAAGUGCACCAGAACGUCCACACUGGGGAGAAGCCCUUCACUUGUGCACAGUGCGGGCGCAGGUUCUCCCACUCUGGCAAUCUGAAAAGACAUCAGAAGCUUCAUCAUUGUUAACUGACACAGAAGCAAGAGAUUCCUAUUGAAAAAAGCUGUUAUAGCAAUAUCAUGAAUUCAAACGUCAUUGGUUCUAACGUAGUCGUAUGUCUGCAGGAUGUUUACCCUGGUCUCAUACGUCUACAAUACAACGUGGUUCAUAUUUACAUUAUCUACAAAGACUGUUACGUUUUCUUGGCUUCUUUAAGGCCAACAGCAUCACUCACAUUGACUGUUAAGGUUGAUCAUGGUUGUGUUCUACUAAUAAUACUGCGUGCCUCACACUAAAGUUAUAGCAGAUGCUGAAAUUGUACUGUGAGACUGAAAAACUGUCUGUUCUUUUGUACCAAUUUGACCAAUGGCUAUUGCUGUUUAUUUAUUCAUUCCUAUAAUUCCAUCAAUAAAUAAUAUUUUUCAAAUAA